ACUUGUCAGCGGCGGAGAGGGAAGGUGUGUGUGUAGUUGGAGUGGGGUUUCGGGAGCGCAGCAUCGUCUCAACCCUCUCAAGGGCGCGUUGCCUUGCCCGUGGUUUGAUCAGCUCGGUGUAGUCGCUUUACCCCUUCCCCCUCUUUUACGCGGAUACACCUCUCAAGGGACAAAAAAAAACAAACCAAACAAACAAAAAAAAACAACAACCGUUUAUGGUCCUGGCCGAAGAUUUCACAAUGUCUCGCACCGACGAGGUUCACCGCUUGACGGAAAAUGUCUAUAAGACCAUCAUGGAGCAGUUCAACCCCUGCUUACGGAACUUUGUUGCCAUGGGGAAGAACUAUGAGAAAGCCCUCGCCAAUGUGACAUUUGCUGCCAAAGGCUACUUUGAUGCUCUGGUCAGAAUGGGUGAACUGGCCAGUGAGAGUCAAGGAUCCAAAGAUUUGGGGGAUGUGCUGUUCCAGAUGGCUGAGGUCCACAGACAGAUCCAAGUGCAGCUAGAGGAGAUGUUGAAAUCCUUCCACAAUGAGCUGCUCUCUGAGCUGGAGAAGAAGGUGGAGCUGGACGCUCGUUAUCUGACUGCUGCCCUUAAGAAAUACCAGAUGGAACACAAGAGCAAAGGGGAGAGUCUGGAGAAGUGCCAGGCUGAACUGAAGAAGCUGCGCAGGAAGAGCCAGGGCAGCAAGAACCCCUCCAAGUACGGAGAGAAGGAGAUGCAGUUUGUGGAGACCAUCAGCAGUAAGCAGACCGAGCUGGACACCUUCAUUGCUGAGGGAUACAAGACGGCCUUGUCUGAAGAGCGUCGCAGGUACUGCUUCCUGGUGGACCGCCAAUGUGCCGUGGCCAAGAACAGCAGUGCCUACCAUGGCAAGGGUAAAGACCUUCUGACCCAGAAGAUCCCAGUGUGGCAACAGGCCUGCUCUGACCCCAACAAGCUGCCAGAGAGGGCCAUGCUCCUAGCCCAGCAGAUGGGCUCUGCUGCCCUUGGGGGCACAAGCCCCCUGCAUACCUCCAAAUCCAACCUGGUCAUCUCAGACCCCAUCCCUGGAGCCCAGCCUCUUCCUGUGCCCCCAGAGCUGGCCGUCUUCAUGGGCAGUGGCCUCGGACACCCAGCGAGGCUGAUGGGCCCUGAUGGUAUGUCCAUGGUCAAUGGGACAACAGGAGUCCACGGAGAGGAAUAUUGGACGGAUGGGGGUACCAUGUCCGUGUCUCAAGUGAGGCCUUCAUCCCCUCAGACCCAGGCACAGGGCCAGUCCCAGGCUCAGCCUCAGAGACAGGUCAGCGAUGUCUACUCCAACACCCUCCCUGUGCGCAGGCCUGCCCCCGCCAAGAAUAAGAACCCCGUGGGUGAGACACGGACCCUUCCCAGGUCCAGUUCCAUGGCAGCAGGCCUGGAAAAAAAUGGACGCUCCCGUGUCCAGGCCAUCUUUUCCCACGCUGCGGGCGACAACAGCACCCUGCUCAGCUUUUCCGAGGGAGAUGUCAUUACCUUGCUAGUGCCUGAAGCCCGCGACGGCUGGCACUACGGGGAGAAUGAGAAGAACAAGAUGCGUGGCUGGUUCCCAUUCUCCUACACACGCGUGCUGCCCGACAGCGACAGUGAGAAGCUCAGAGUGAAUUUGCACCAUGGCAAAAGUAGCAGCACAGGGAACUUGUUGGAGAGCGAUGCAUCACUGCCCACACCUGACUACGGCCUGACUGCCCGACUGCUUGCACAGAGCCUAGCACAGACCCGCCCACGCCCCUACAGCAUGGCAGGCUUUGGCACACAGCCUGCUAUUGAGGAUUAUGACGGCCGCUUUGCCACAAGUUUGGGUCCAGAAUUGUCCCGGUUCUGAGGGAACAGGACCUCCUGACCGAGCCCUGGAGGUCUACCUCCGGCCCACCUUCACUGAUGACCGAUCUGCACCCAUCUUCUACUAGCGGCCUGCUGUCCCCUUAUGUGCACUCAUGGGCCCUUGUUUUCAUAAGGGGGGGAAAAGAAAAUGGCCGACAGUAGCAUGUUUAAAUUGUGGGAUUGGGGGUAUUUAAAAAAAAAAAAAUUGCCCCAAAGACCAUGUUACACUACAAAGAAUCUAGUUUUUUUGCCGUGGAAAUUCACUCAGACAAUUUUCAUUGAAUUCUCGUGAUGUUUUGCAAACGCUUCCACAAACAUUGAAUGUCUCAGCCUGAACAUUCUAGUGCAAGUGUGACAGUAGAUUUUAUUAAUUAUUUAGAUCACACCACUUGUUGAUAAGGUAUGGCUAAUAGGUUUGACUAGUGUUGCUGUCAACUCAUUAUUAAUCUGUACUUCUACAAUGGGAUUUCUUUUUUCUUCAACACUGUACACUGUAAAUUUCAUAUGAGGAUUAUUCACAUUAAUGAGCAGUGAAGGCACAAUCUGCUUUAGUUGUUCUAAGAGAGGCUUGAGGGUGAAUAUAAGAUGUUCGUCAGUGCACCACUGUAAUAUGCACUGAAGACGAAGUGUAGACUGUAUUGCCACAGAAAGCUAGAACUAGACAGUUGCUGAGAAAACUGUAAUUCUGCUUUUGUUAGCUGAUAUAGUCCUAUAUAUUUACUAGUUGUGAUACAGUGUACCCAGAUUUUCAAUGUGGGAACUGUGCCUUCUACUUUUUUUUUCUUCUUUUUUUUCAAACAUAGGCUUCAUGCAGCAUUGACCCAAUCAUUCUAUAAACUGGGAUAAUUUCCCCUUUUUGUUUGCUUUUUUUUUUGGUUUAACUAGUUCCAGUACAGUGCAAUUGCAGUUCCACCAAAAAACAAUACAAUAAUAUUUAGAAUUGCUAUUCUUUUCUUCCCUCUUUGAAUUUCAGUGAUUUCUAAGCUGCGAGGAGAUGAAAUACAGUGCAUACUUAAUGGGUCUUUUUUUUUUUUU